GCGAGAAGCAGUCGCCAGGAGAGUCUAUACCAUCCUUCCGACUCCACGCCAUAAGAUGAGACGACGGCUUAGUCACUCUCGCACGUACGGGUUGGAUUCCAUCCGGUCUCCGGCGCCAGUUGAUAGGUUGGAUGUGUCCAACACCACCGUCUUCCGCAGCUUCUCGGAUAAUGGACGUACGUUCGCCGACGCCUUGUUGAAGCAACAGGCAGGCAGCCAGGUCGUUCGUCGGUACCGCGAGGAGCAGUCGCUGACUUGAGACUCCGACUCCGUCGACAUAGCUGAGUCCGGGGGUGGAGUAUAUAACAAGGUACACUAACUGUCCAGCUCCUUACCAUUCGCUUCGUUCAGAUCCUCUGCUUCAAGACGUUUACCGACAAGGUUAUCGCUGUGUUUUCGUACCUCAACCUUUCGCCUUUCUCUGCUGCACCGCAAUGGCGUCUCUUUUUUCGAGGUCAUCGCGUGCUCUCCCUUACUUCACCGGUGCUACCGGACUGGCAGCUGCGGGAGCAACAUACUACGCCUCGAGGCGCCCAAUGCUACUUGACUCAGCCCAGAAUGCGCCAAAGAAGGCAUUGUCGAUGCCAACAUCAAUGCUGUUUCCCAAGGAAAUCACUGUCACCACGGUUGAGCAAGUAAACCACGACACCAAACGAAUAACCUUCUCCCUUCCCGGCGGCGAUAGCGAGAUCAGCGGCGUACCAUUCGGAGCUGCUAUACUUACCGCCCACCAACCGACUUCAGGAUGGCUCCCAGUCUUCAGGCCGUAUACCCCAAUCUCCGACCCCGACGAGCGAGGCGUCUUGCAAUUGCUCGUUAAGCAGUAUCCCAACGGUAGAGCGUCAUCCUACCUUCACUCCUUAUCUCCAGGCAGCAAGCUUACCGUCCGCGGACCGAUUCCUGCAUACAACUGGGCAGUCCCAAUGUCACCACGCGACAUUGUCCUUAUCGCUGGCGGCGCAGGCAUCACACCGAUCUACAGCCUCACAAAAGGCAUCCUCAGCAAUGCAAACGACAAGACGCGGGUACAGCUCGUCUGGGGCGUGAACAGCACACGCGAUAUCGUGCUCAAGAAAGAGCUUGACGCGCUGGAGAAGCAGUAUCCGGAGCGAUUGCAAGUGACGUACUGUGUGUCUGGGCCGGAAGGCAAGCCCGAUGCGCCGAGUCUGGGCGAUGAGGCGAAGUAUAAGAAGGGAUAUGUGGACAGUGCUGUUUUGAAGGAGGUGAUUGCGAAAGCAAAGAAGGAGGGCGUUUGGGGUGAUGAGAAGGGGACGAAAGUGUUCAUCUGUGGUCCGCCGGCGAUGCAGGAGGCUAUUGCCGGGAAGAAGGGCUUGUUGGGUGGAGAGUAUGGGCUGGUGAAGAAGGAGAUACACGCGUUUUGAGCGGCUUGAGGGACGCCGUCGUGCGUAUCGCCUUGUAUGUGGAUUUAGCGCCGGCGUUGGUACCAAGUCAGCGUAAUACGCAUUCGUCAACCAGCUUCACGCUGGCGAUUCCAUCCUCUACUUCUGCGAAGUCCAGCACAAGGCUUUCGGGAUGGUGCAUGCCAGGCCAGAAGUCCACCUUGUUAUUCCAACGCGCAGUAACUCGACCA